AUGCUUUAUGAAGCCCACUGUGUCGUGAUCGAUGGGCCAUUUCUCAUUUCUCAGCUCGUCAUUCACGAGCGCCGGCAGAUUGAGGUUGGAUGCACGCCAUGCAAUGCCCUCGUCCUGUUCAUCGUCAAUCUUGAAAGGUGCGAUGUCUUCCGUGUGCAGCUCGACAGCGUUACGCCUCCGAAUGUGGGCCAUGUCACUGGGCGGGUGUUCCUGCACGAAGGUCUCAUCUUGACCGAGCACGGUCUGACUGGCUCGGUCAGAGAUCUGUUGGGCCAUUUGCACACAACCCUGGCCGUGGGCCGCAGAGAUCGUGCCGAGGCCAUUAUACAACGACUCGCCGACCAGAUCGACCCACAAUCGCCUGAGCUCGCUUAUGCCCAUGGCGUUUAUCUGCAGAAUCUCCUUCGGAGCGUCAUGCUGGAGGGUAGACAUUCUCCCCAGUCACAAGCUCUGCUGAAAGAUAUGCAAAGAUGGUUUGAAGUGGAGAUUCGCAACAAGCGUGUGACACCAGAGCCAAGCCUUUUGAUCCCCGUAAUGCGCGCCGCCAUACGAGCACUGGACGGCCCCAGACGCGAAAGGACCAUCCGCAGGUAUGCCGAGAUCGCGAAAGAGCUGGGCGAUGAGGUCAUGGACGACGUUCUAUUAUCCGAGGAGUACGAUGACAAUGAGUUUGCCAUAUUAGGCCGUGCCACGUCGCAGUAUUACGAACAUGUCGACACAUCCGAUGCCCUGCCUGCUGCAGAAUCCGCGCUCGAGCCAGCUGAAUCGCAACCCGGGCUUUCACUCAGAGAAGAUAUGCUUGAUCUACGCACCAUUCCGGACGUCAGAGCAACGGAGCAAAAAGGUAUUGGUCUGGACAGCAUCAAGCGUGCAACAUCGGGUCAUAGCAGGCCCAUGGCAGCUUUGAUGUGGCAGUGGUACCGAAAACUGCUUCCCGCCCUGGAAUUUGAGCUUCAGGAAGCGAAGAAGACCAUGACCGAUAUGCGCAAGAUCGACGAUCGCAAUGUGUACGGUCCAUACCUGGAGAUGUUGCCCAUCAAGAAAGUCGCUGCAAACACCAUUCUUUUCAUCAUGACUCGUAUGGCCAACGGCAAGGAUCGAAGCACAGGAGUAUACGCUUCGGAGGCCAAACUAAACAGCUUGACAGUCACGCUGUCCAAAUCCAUCGAGGCCGAGUGUCUUGCGAGUGUGGCGAGACAGAAAGCGUCGGCUCCUCAGAACCGCAAGACAAACACGACGUCCCACAUCAGGCGGCAAGCAGUUUCAGCUUUGAAGAAGGGAAUCGAUAAAGCGAAUACGUCGCCCAAGACAAAAGCCAAAAAGGCCAGCCAAGCCAUGUUAGCAGAGGUAGAGUGGCCGCUGGUCGUACAUGCUAAGCUGGGAGCGAUGCUUGUGUCCAAAGUCUUAGAGUGUGCACACCUUCCGGUCACGAGACAGCACCCGAGGACGAAAGAGAUGAUCACUCAGAUGCAGCCUGCCUUCCUGCAUCGCCUCAAAUACGAGAAGGGCAAGAAGACCGGCAUUAUAAGCCCGAACCCAGCCUUACUUGACAAGUUGCAAAGCGAGCCCGUUGGAAGUCUAAUCGCGAAGCGUAUGCCAAUGGUCGUGGAGCCGAAACCAUGGACAGGCUGGAGUGACGGCGGCUACCUACAUUACUCGAAUCCCGUCCUUCGCCUUCAGCAGGGCGACAAGUCCUCGAAAGAGUACUUCAUGGCAGCUGACCAGAAUAAUGAUCUGGAUACACUCUACAAAGGCCUCACGGCGUUGGGCAAGGUACCAUGGAAAGUACAUCAAGAAGUUUUCAAAGUUCAGCUUGAGGCAUGGAAUUCUGGAGAGGCCAUUGCGAACUUUGCACCUCUCAACCCCGAAAUGAAAAUGCCUCCUGAGCCAGAUUCAUCGGCUGAUCCACUGGAGCGGAGAAAAUGGCUGGCUGAGAUCAGGGCACUGGACAACAAGAAGGGCGGGUACCAUUCGAAACGAUGUUUCCAAAACUUCCAGCUCGAAAUCGCGCGCACGCUGCUCAACGAGACUCUCUACUUCCCGCACAACAUGGAUUUUCGAGGCCGAGCAUACCCCAUUCCCCCAUAUCUCAACCACAUGGGCGCUGAUAAUGUGCGCGGACUUUUGGUGUUCGCGGAUGGCAAAGAGCUCGGCGAGAAUGGUCUCCGCUGGCUGAAGAUCCACAUGGCGACCGUAGCCGGCCACGACAAGGCCAGUCUGGAGGAGCGGGUAGAGUUCACUAUGGGGCAUCUUGACGACAUCUACGAUUCCGUACGUGAUCCACUAGGAGGACGCAGGUGGUGGUUGCAGGCAGAAGAUGCAUGGCAGACUCUGGCUGCUUGCUUCGAACUCACCGCCGCCUUGGAUUCCCCCGAUCCGACCAAGUUCGUCUCCCACCUCCCGGUCCAGCAGGACGGGACUUGUAACGGACUGCAGCAUUACGCCGCACUUGGUGGCGACAAAGCGGGAGCUGCGCAAGUGAACCUUGAGCCUAGCGACCGACCGGCUGAUGUCUACACAGCAGUCGCUGAAGCCGUAAAAGCAGAGGUGGAAAAAGAUGUAAAGGAAGGCAAUCCCAUUGCGCAGAAAUUGCAAGGUCGCAUCACGAGAAAGUGCGUCAAGCAACCCGUCAUGACUAAUGUGUACGGAGUCACCUUCUUCGGCGCACGAGCUCAGGUUCGCAAACAGCUGGAAGUCCUCUUCCCUGAGGUUACGGAAUACGACACGGUCAACCUUGGGAACAUGUCGCAUUACGUCGCGCUGAAGAUCUUCAAGUCGCUGGGAGAGAUGUUUGCUGGAGCGCAAGCUAUCCAAAAUUGGCUGGGACAGUGUGCGGACCGAAUAUCAACAUGCCUUACAGCCGAGCAAGUAGAGGAAUUGAAGGGGCAAACAAAGAGGAUAGCUCGCGCAAAGAAGUUGAAGACUGCAAAGAAGACUGGAAAGAAGGCAGCGAAGAACGCUGACAAGACAGAGGAAAGCGCAGAAGGCGUUGUUCCCGCCGACGCAGUCAAGACACCCAUGGUCGCAUCGCCCAAGCAGAAGAGGUCGGAGAGACGUAAGGACGAACACGCGCUGUCCAAGCCUCUGUUCAAAUCCACCGUCGUCUGGACCACCCCGCUGCGCCUCCCAGUGGUCCAGCCGUACCGAUCAGCGAAGUCCAAGAUCGUGCUCACGAGCAUGCAGGCGAUUGCUUUGCAAGAUCCACAAGUCUGGGACCCUGUCAGUCGACGAAAGCAACUCCAAGCUUUUCCGCCCAACUUCAUUCAUUCCCUGGAUGCCACUCACAUGCUACUGAGUGCACUCGCAUGCGAUCAGGAAAAUAUGACAUUCGCAAGUAUUCACGACUCGUUCUGGACCCACGCCUGCGACGUCAACCGACUGAGUGAAGUCCUCCGCGAUGCUUUCAUCGCCAUGCACGAAGAGGACAUCAUUGCCCGCCUCCGUGAAGAAUUCGAAACCAGAUACAAAGGCUGUAUGUACAUGGCCUCAGUACUUGCAGACAGUCCGGUCGGACAACGCAUCACUGCUCGACGGCUCGAACUCAAGGCAGAAGCCAAAGAGCGCAAGGACGAAACGAUGCCGAGCGAACUAGGCCUCGAAGCAGAACGAAUGCGCCUUCUCAACAGCGAAGAUCCUGCCGAGAACGCCAAAGGCCAAGCAAUGAUUACACCUGGCAGCAUUGUGCUCGCAGAAUCUGACACGACCGCUUUCGCGGCCGCGACCGAGCUCGCCGGGCAAAAGCUGGGGGAGAUGCCUGUCAACCCCCUUGAGGUUGAGGCUUCGGUAGAGUUGGAUGCCGCAGUACUUGACGACGCUGCAGAUCAGGACCUUGAUGCCACUGCCGAUGCAGUAUCAGGGGAGAAUGAUGAAGAGUCGGAUACCACGGUGCAGACGACGGGUGACACGAAAAAGGCCAAAACUCCGAAACGUGCUCAGCGCAAACUGUAUGUGUGGCUUCCAUUGACCAUGCCUGAGGUUCCUGCUAAGGGAGACUUUGAUGUGACGAGACUGAGAGAGUCGAGGUACUUCUUCCAUUGA